AUGACUGAAAUCCUGCAGAAGCAAAUCAAUCUACAGCAGAUCUCCUCCAACACAUAUUCUGCUUCCUGGCAUCAUGAUUGGAUAGUCGGAAAAACCCUGAAUGGCGGUCACCUUGCCUCUGUACUCAUGCAUGCGGCGCGCAGGCAUCUCUCAAUAGAUCCGACGCUCGCAGCCCGAGAUCAACCUGAUGUUCUGAGCCUACAUAUUGAGUUUCUGCAUGCUUGUGAGGUCAAGGAUACAAUCACCACGAUUACCAUACUCAGGACCGGCUCCAGUACAUGCACCCUACUAUUGGAGCUAUCCCAGGAGAGCGGAAGGUCUGGGAAAAAUCGUCCAAAUGCCAUUGCCAUUGCCAACUCGACCAACUUUGAUAAGACACUCGGCCCAUCAGCUCCCACUGACUGGACUCUACAUCCACUACCAAAACCGAUUCCUAACUUUGCCCUUGUUGAAGCCAACAAACCCGAACCCAACUGGAUUUCUGCUACAGUCUCGGGAGAGCUGCUUCCUUUUACCCGCCGCUCCUUAUGCCUAAACCCUCGCGGAGGCUUCCCUACUGCCGGCGUAUAUGACGCGUGGAAUUCUUUCCGGGACGGAGAGCGUAUGGAUGCUACCUAUUUUGGGCUCCUGAGCGAUUUCAUUCCUGCUGUAGGUGAUUCCCUCACUGGUGAAGGCAUGUACAAUGCACAUGCAUUUUAUGAGAAAAUGGAGCAAUGGGAUAAAGAACACCCAGGUGUCCCCGCGCCUCUGACAAAUACGAUUGCGGAAGCUAUGAAGGCUCCAAGUUUCAGUCAGACGGUCACUCUGAAUCUGGGAUUCAGAAGGCGAGUCCCCGCGGAAGGGCUCCGCUGGGUUUUCACCAGAACACAAACAAAGAUGAUGGAGGGGGGCAGGAUGGGGGUGGAUAUCACCUUGUGUGAUGAGAAUAUGAAUUUGGUUUGCGAAGCACAUCAACUUAUCCUCGCUUUGGAUGCUCAGAGAAAGUUUCGCAGCAGGAAGUCAAAGCCUUCGUCCCUCUAG